UUGCUUCACUUCCGUUUCACAGCAGCCAUGAAGAAGAAUGAGUGAGCGCUGGAGAACACGCUAGCUUCAUUACAUCUAUUAACACCGAAAGCUAGCACUAUUCUCUUAAUUGACUAAAUUUUUUUGUACGGAAAACAAAGUAAGUGAAUUUGUCAAGCAAGCUUAAACAAUAAUAAUCCAAAUGAAUAUAAUAUCGAAGCGAACAGACGCGUUCAAGAUGACGACAAUGAGCUGUUUCAUUCUUCCUCAAAAUGGAGUCGGAGACGGAGCCAUCCACUACGGCUCCGGAGGUUCUUCUCCACAGAUGAUCACCAUGGGAACAUCUAAAGACUCUCAAAACGAUACCCCGAAACGACCCAAGAACCUGGGAGUUAACGCAACAAAUGGGUACGUGACUAAAAGCCUCAGCGAAGAGGAAGUCGAGGACGGAUCGCUGCCGUGUACUCCGGAGAUGCACUCCGACAGCGAGAGCGACGUCUCCGGCUGUCCAGCAGGGGACGAAGCGCUGGAGCACGACACGAGGCAUCUCAUCAGACGUGUGCUCACAGACUUAACUGGACUCUCUCAAGCUCAGUGGAAUGAAAGCAGAGCAUUAACAACCAUGAAGAGAGUCGUGGAGGACGUUUUGGAAAAACACAGAUACGCAUACAAUGGUAUGGUUAACAAAUUGUCAUUGGAUGACAGAACAGAUGAUGCCAGUUUUGUAAGCGCUGUAGCCAAGAGCCUCUUUGCAGACGGCACCACCAACUGGGGCCGUGUCGCCAGCCUGGUGGCCUUUGGGGCGGUGGUGUGUCAAUACCUGAAGGAGAGAGGCAGGGAGAACUGUGUGGAGCUCGUGGGACAGGAGAUCUCCACGUACUUGCUAUCAGACCAGCGGGACUGGCUGGUCAAAAACAAUGGCUGGGAUGGAUUUGUUGAGUUCUUUCGAGUAGCAGACCCAGAAUCCACAGUGAGGAACACACUCAUGGCCUUUGCAGGAUUUGCUGGUAUUGGGGCAACACUUGCCCUGUUGAUCAGGUGAAUUUUUGGACACUCAAAGACUUAUUUUCACAUGAUGGAUGCUUCUUCUCUUGACAACAUUUCCUCCACAUUGAAAUUGGACUUUGAUGGACUUGAACUGGGCUCCCCUUCCACCCCCAACUGCAAAUAAGUAAAAUUGUUUGCUGUUGACAGAAAUGGAUGGACUUUACUUACAGCAGCCAACCUUCAAGCAAUUAGGGGUUUAUUUAAAAUACAAAGAAAUUAUAUUUUUCUAAUAAAUAUAAGUGCUAUGCAAUGGUCAGUUGACCUGAUUUUUUGCUUAAUUUUCACCUGAUUAUGUUAUGAUACUAGUUUGUUAUUAAUUCUGUCACAAUUCCCUGGCAGUAAUGUUGUUUUGUAAGUAAGCCCUAAGCCAAAGCUGGAAGGGAAAUCUGCAUUUUCCAUAUCAUGCAGUCAUGAAGCCCAUUUCCAUAGAGUCCAUUGAUCACCCCUGGAUGCCUCAACUAUGUGUUGGGAGCAGGGGAGGCAGGAUUUGCAUUUGAGUGUAGCUCUACUUCCUUGUUAUGAAAAUAUUUGAUCUGCGCUGGGAGACGAGAAGCAACCACAUGCAGGACUUUUGGCUGAACAGCAGCCUGGAAAGUUUGAGUCUGUUGGAAGAAAUGAACAAGGACUGGGAGAUGGGAAGAUACAGCUUGUGCUGGCCGACUGCACCGAAGCUGACAGUAAUUGGGGGACGAUAUUCGUACUCGGAGAGAGAAGGCAGAAAAUGAUUCAUAGUACAGAUCUAGGAUGUAAGCUAUAAAUCUUUCAAAUAAUAAAAAAAGAAACAUAAUUCA